AAGGAGGGGUUUCUAUGAGUCCACGUCGUCCCUCUAAUUAGCUCACAGUGUCUGUAAAAUAAAUCAGUGUAGUGGCUUCACCCCCGCUCAACUGCAGCACGCGCCCCUUAACCUGCUCCUAGCGCGCCAAAACAGAAGGGUCCGCGCGAUCUACCUUGACAUAAACUGAGGCGCGCAAUUGUCACGAGGAGCGCACUAGAAAUGUUUGGUGUUUUCGACAAGUCAGUAAAGUGAGAAAGAGUAAGAGUAAAAAGAAAGAAAGACAAAUAACUUUCCGAUAUCAAUAUAUCCUUGUCACUUUUACGCACUUGGCGAGGUUGACCUGAAGCGAGAACUAAACUUACCGACCAAGAGGGACUGGUGGGAAAUAGCAAAGUCUCCCAAGAACGUCCGGUCGUGUGUGUCAAUUCAGAGAGACGACCAAGUGAGCGAGAAGGCAUAAAAUCUCGGCGCGAGGAUGAUGUCCUACAUUAAGCAACCCCAUUACGCCAUGAACGGGUUAAACAUGCCUGGGAUGGACCUGCUACACACCACGGCUGGAUACCCAUUCUCUGUGUCUCUGGAUUUCUCAGCCACCCCACGAAAGCAGCGUCGCGAGCGCACCACCUUCACACGCACUCAGCUGGAUAUCCUGGAGGCCUUGUUCUCCAAGACCCGCUACCCCGACAUCUUCAUGAGGGAGGAGGUGGCCCUCAAGAUCAACCUCCCCGAGUCACGCGUACAGGUGUGGUUCAAAAACCGCCGCGCCAAGUGCCGCCAACAGCAGCAGCAGAGCAGCGGCCAGUCCAAGCCCCGCCCACCCAAAAAGAAGACGUCGCCCGCCCAGGACCAGCCCAGCGCCGGCCCAGACCCCUCAGCCAACAACCCCUCUGGUUCCUACAGCCCCUCCUCAGCCCCAUCGGGCCCCUCCCUGCCGCCAAGCGGCAACAACCCUGGCAACGCAGCCGUCUCCAUCUGGAGCCCGGCCAUCUCACCACUCCCUGACCCUCUGGCCUCUUCGGCGCCCUGCAUGCAGCGUCCCUCUGCCUACCCGAUGAGCUACGGCCAGCCGCAGGCCUACGCCCAGGGCUAUGCCCAGGGCUAUGCUGGCACCUCCUCCUACUUCACGGGCCUGGACUGCGGCGCCUACCUGUCACCCAUGCAUUCGCAGCUGUCGGCUAGCGGUGCCCUCAGCCCCAUCACCGUGCCCUCAAUGGGGGGUUCGCUGAGCCAGUCACCCGCCUCGCUCUCCUCCCAGGGCUACGGCACGGCCGCCUCGCUGGGCUUCACCUCCGUCGAUUGCCUGGACUACAAAGACCAGCAGGCCUGGAAGCUGGGCUUUAGCACCAUGGACUGCCUGGACCACAAAGACCAGAAUUCCUGGAAGUUCCAGGUGUUGUAGAGAGAGUGGGAAGAAGAAGAGGAAGAAGAAGAAGAAGAGGGAGAAGUUGUGAAUGAAUAAGGCUCUCGCCAGAUAUACAGUACAAUCAAUCAAAUACAAUCAAAUGAUUCUGACUGAACACUUAUUUUUUUCUCUCUGUUUCUCGUUUGUAUGCUUGGUUUUUACAACCCCUGUAGAAUGUGUUUUCUAUUCAGGGGAGAGAGGAGAAGAGAGACCAGUGGACAUUAUUGAUCCCUCCUGACUGCAGGAUAUCAGGUCAAUUUACUUUCUCAUACAGUAGAAGGGAAGGAUGCCCCUGAGGAUCAUACUACUGUAUGGGAAAGACUCGCAGCUACAAACUGAUUUAAACACACGCCAUGGUUCAGAUGCAUUGAUUGGUCUAUGAUGGAAAGACAUCCUCAAGAGAAUUCUACUGAUACAACCACGCUAAACUCAAUCGUUCCUCUGAUAUUUUUUCUGCUGUUGAUGGCUUGAGUUUUGUUUUCAAGAAACACAACAAUAGACCAAAUUUACAGAGCUUUGAUACUCUCUUAGUCUCUCUCUUUUUUUUGUUCUGACAGACCGUCAAGUGUUAAUUUGAGUUUAGUCAUUGUUAUUCUAUGUUACAAUUUAGAUUUUAAUUUGGUUACUUUUAGGCUUUUGGAGCUAACGUGUUACUAUGGUGUUAGGCUAGCAUCAUUGCUAUUAUAUUUUGAUGGAGAAAAAAAAUGGUAUGUUUUGUUGUGUGAAAUAUUAGAGCUAACUUUUAAUCUACAUUUAUGCCCAGCAAACAUUAUUGUGAUUACAAGUUUGAGUGACUAUUUGGUUUCACAAUUUAAAGGAAGUAAUCAGGUUUUUUCAAACGUACUGUACAUCAUGUAUUGGUAUUCGGAAUCGAAAUUAGUUCAGUUCAAGGACAUGACUGACCCGAACUUAACAAGUGACCAGUUAACUUCUGACGAUAACAGUCACCAUGUUGUUAGUUCGUUAGCUAUGGUUUCUAUUGUGUUUCUUAACAGUUUCCACCUUGGCCCACAUGGCUCUCCAGUGCAUCUUGCUAUCGGUUAUUUUUGCUCAUCUGAUUCUAGAGUGGCUCAAUCCUCUUACCCUCCCUUCAGCAAUGUCCUAAGUGAAUUAGUCAGGAUUACCCCUCUGUCUCUCUUUCCUUCUCUCUAUCUCCCCAUCCUUCUUUCUGUCACCAUCUUUCUGUCUUUUUCCCAUUUCUGUAACUCUUUAUUCUCUCUCCCUCUGUCUCUUUCCCCACCUCUGCCUCUCACUUCUCACUUUCCUUCAGUCAGUGAGUGACAUAUAACAAGAGGAAAACUGCUGAUGCACAACCAAGUUUCAAAAUUGCACCUUGAGUACUACUCUUCUAACUUACAACAGUAAAUUGAGACCCUGAUUGAGUUCCGAAAAGGUUUGUUUUUGUUUUUUUUAAGUACAGAGGUCCGGACCUCAGUGUCCUCAUAUGUAGCUACGGCCUUGGUCUCUUUCCCUGUUUGUUUGUCUCUUCGUCUACAUGUCUCUCAAUCUUCUGCACCAAUGGUCUCAAUCACUUCUCUUCUCUCUGAACAGGCAAAGUAUACUAUAUAUUCUAUAAAAAGGUUGAUGCCCUUGAUGAUAAUGCUAUAUGGAAAAGACUUAACUAGAAACUAAUUUGAAACACUCAGGCCAUGGUUAAAACAUAUUAAUUCAAACUCUGCUAUCAUGGAGGACAAUGUAAUUACUUCCCCUUUCUUUCCUUCCACUAAUGUCUCAAUGUCAAAAAAACAAUCAAGGCUUGGGGUACAGUACCUUCUUCCUAUGUGCAACCCCUCCCCUCCAGCACAUCUCUUCUCCCCCAUCCCUACCAGUCUCUUACCCCCCUUUUGCCUCUCCACACAUCCACUACUCCACCUCACCCUCCUCUUCUGACAACCCAGUAAUCCCUUGUUGACCUGGUUACAUGCCAUGUAAUUUGACUUCAAGUGGAAAUUUGUGUUAGUGUGUAUACUUGUAUGUGAGUGUUUGUGAGUACAACAUGUGUACGUGAUGUGUAUGCCAUGUGUGUGUGUGUGUGUGUGUGUAUGUCAUAACAGAGAUGGGCACUGAGUUUACUGAGUUACUCUAUAGCAAUGCUCCUAACAAUGCUCCUAUCGUUGCACAUAAGACGUCUUCAUUACGAAUGUGUGUUGGAAUCUAGACUCAGCAAAAGACAGAUUCCAUAACAUAUUUGACAGUGUCUGGAGAUAACUAGAUUUCUCAUGUGGUGACAGGUUAACAAUUUGGUACUUUAAAUUUGGACAAAUGGGGACUCUAAAAAUUAAUACAUAACCUAUUCAUUUAUAGAAUAACUUUAUUUUUCAGAGAGCAGCAAACUUCAAUGUAUCUAACAAUGUUGGGAAUGAAUAACAUAGGAGUGCAUUUGCCAUUUUCUUCAACUGAUGAAGUGUUCAUUUGAACACAAGCAUUAUACAGUAUAGUAUUUAGACGUAAAAGGGAAACUAGAGAGAUUUCCAUAGCACACUGAAUACGCACAUGACAUAUCCACUCAACUCGCUGGGUUAAUCCCUCUCCGCGCCACGUUAAUCCCUCUGCCCUCCCUCUCUGUGGUCUGAUUGGUUAAUCCCUGCCCUCUCUGUCUCUGUCUGCGUCCUGAUUGGUUAAUCUCUUUCGGAGGGUGCAGUGCGGUUGUAAUCUGCUGGUCGUCAGCACGGAUAGUUUCAGAUAGACAGACAUGUUGCCGGUAAUCUCUAAAAGGAGCAGAUGUGGUGGGGGAGGGAUGGAGCAAGGGAGGGAGGGAUGGAGAGCAGCACCCAGCAGACCUUGGGGAAGGUGAACAUAGAGACACACAGUGUUCCUUAUUAUAUCCCAAUGUCGGUCAUUUUAGCUGCCAAAGUGAAGCAAACAGACACAAGGUGAAGAAUACCUGAAGAAAAACAAAAUCUGUUGCAAAGUGUUUUAAAAUGUUUCCCAUUUUGUGCCCUGAUGAACAUGACCCUGGCCAACCAAGACCGUUCCCAACUCUUCUCUCUGAAGUAUACUUACAAACUCAAAACCCUAAACCACAUAAGACCAAAAUGAUCAAUUCAUGACCCCUUAAAGUAAUGCAUGUCUUUCUCUUUAUGGCAUAAGGGAACACAAACACUUAGUCACAUCAGUUUCAUAUUUUGAGUCCAAGUUUACAUACACCGUUUUUCACAAUUCCUGACAUUUAAUCAAAAUAAAAAUUCCCUGUCUUAGGUCAGUUAGGAUCACCACUUUAUUUUAACAAUGUGAAAUGUCAGAAUAAUAGUAGAGAGAAUUAUUUAUUUCAGAUUUUAUUUCUUUGUAAUGCUCGUCGAAAUGGGUAGACCAAGGCACAGCUUGAUUUAAUUUAUUAGAAUGAGAACCAGCAACAAAAACAAAAAGAGAAACAAACAAACGAAUGUACAGCCUAGUAGGGCUCAAAAGCAACAAUACAAAAACAAGAUCCCACAAAUAACAGGUGGGAAAAGGCUACCUAAAUAUGAUCCCCAAUCAGAGACAACGAUAGACAGCUGCCUCUGAUUGGGAACCAUACCAGGCCAACAUAGAAAUACAAAAACUAGACUACACAUAUAAAUAAUAAACUAGAACACCCCUCAGUCACGCCCUGACCUACUCCACCAUAGAAAAUCAAGGCUUUCUCUGGUCAGGACGUGACAUUCUUUCAUCACAUUCCCAGUGGGUCAGAAGUUUACAUACACUCAAUUAGUAUUUGGUAGCAUUGCCUUUAAAUUGUUUAACUUGGGUCAAAUGUUUCGGGAGCUUUCAUCAAGCUUCCAACAAUAACUUGGGUGAAUUUUGGCCCAUUCCUCCUGACAGAGCUGGUGUAACUGAGUCAGGUUUGUAGACCUCCUCGCUCGCACACGCUUUUUCAGUUCUGCCCACAAAUUUUCUAUGGGAUUGAGAUCAGGGCAUUGUGAUGGCCACUCCAAUACCUUGAAUUUGUUGUCCUUAAGCCAUUUUGCCACAAAUUUGGAAGUAUGCUUGGGGUCAUUAUUAAUUUGGAAGACCCAUUUGCUACCAAGCUUUAACUUCCUGACUGAUGUCUUGAGAUGUUGCUUCGAUAUAUCCACAUAAUUUUCCUACCUCAUGAUGUAAUCUAUUUUGUGAAGUGCACCAGUCUCUCCUGCAACAAAGCACCCCCACAACAUGAUUCUGCCACCCCCGUGCUUCACGGUUGGGAUGGUGUUCUUCGGCUUGCAAGCCUCCCCCUUUUUCCUCCAAACAAAACGAUGGUCAUUAUGGCCAAACAGUUCUAUUUUUGUUUCAUCAGACCAGAGGACAUUUCUCCAAAAAGUAUGAUCUUUGUCCCCAUGUGCAGUUGCAAACCCUAGUCUGGCUUUUUUUAUGGCGGUUUUGGAGCAGUGUCUUCUUCCUUGCUGAGCAGCCUUUCAGGUUAUGUAUAUAUAGGACUCAUUUUACUGUGGAUAUAGAUACGUUUGUACCUGUUUCCUCCAGCAUCUUAACAAGGUCCUUUGCUGUUGUUCUGGAAUUGAUUUGCACUUUUCACACCAAAGUGCGUUCAUCUCUAGGAGACAGAACACGUCUUCUUCCUGAGCGGUAUGACGGCUGCAUGGUCCCAUGGUGUUUAUACUUGCGUACUAUUGUUUGUACAGAUGAACUUGGUACCUUCAGGCGUUUGGAAAUUGCUCCCAAGAAUGAACCAGACUUGUGAAGGUCUACAAAAAUGUUUCUAUGGUCUUGGCUGAUUUAUUUUGAUUUCCCCAUGAUGUCAAGCAAAGAGGCACUAAGUUUGAAGGUAGGCCUUGAAAUACAUCCACAGGUACACCUCCAAUUGACUAAAAUAAUUUUAAUUAGCCUAUCAGAAGGUUCUAAAGCUAUGACAUCAUUUUCUGUAAUUUUCCAAGCUGUUUAAAAGCAGUCAACUUAGUGUAUGUAAACUUCUGACCCACUGGAAUUGUGAUACAGUGAAUUAUUAGAGAAAUAAUCUGUAAUCAAUUGUUUGAAAAAUGACUUGUGUCAUGCACAACGUAGAUGUCCUAACCUACUUGCCAAAGCUAUAGUUUGUUAACAAAAAAAUUGUGGGGUGGUUGAAAAACAAGUUUUAAUGACUUACGUGUAUGUCAAUUGUACAUAAACCCUUAUAAAACUGUUUUUUAAAUAUUGUAAAGCAAUGGUCACUGACCAUGGUCAUUGGAGAGCUAGUGGACGUGGAGGGUUUAGCUCCAGCCCAACACAAGUCUACUUCAUUCAGUUUAUCGAGACUUUGAGUUUAUAAGCUCUAUCAGGUAUUUUGGUGCUGUGUUGGCUGGAGCAAACCCCUGCAUACCACUGUAACUGCAGGACCAAGGUGAUAUUCAUUAGUAACAAAUGGUUUUGCAACAGAAAAUGAAGCCUUAGUGAAUACAAUAUAAUUGCUAUACUUUGGUGUAGUCAGUGGUCUUGGCUGAUUUCUUUUGAUUUCCCCAUUACCAUUUGAGUUUCCAUUUGAUACUUUUUAAACCCAUGUCUAUCUUUAUUUCCCAAACACAAUUCAAUACACUGACAAUACCUUUAAGCAUCUUUUGACACAGGCUUAACACCUAUUAUACACUUAGUACUUUUUUUUACACUUUUAACAUAAGCCUCAUAUCCCAGCGAUAAUGGCUUGCAUUACACCUGGAGGGAAAAACACUUAUAUUUGCUCAAAUUGCCAUUGGCUCAACCAUUGUCUCAACAUACCCUCAAUUUACCCCAAGGCAAACAUUUUGACUAUAUUAGCCCACACAGCUACAACUGUGCUGAAUCUACUGCUGUUCAACUUCUCCACCCUCUGGUUAGGUAUUGCAAGAACUAGGAAAGAAAACAGGCCUGUCUACCUGUAUGCACACAGAUCUCUGAUACAGUGCCUUCAGAAACUAUUCACAACCAUUGACUUUUCCCAAAUUUUGUUGUGUUACGGCCUGAAUUUAAAAUGGAUUAAAUUGAGAUGUUUUUGUCACUGGCCUACUACACACAAUACCCCAUAAUGUCAAAUUGGAAUUGUGUUUUUAGAUAUUUUUUUUUACAUUGAAUUAAAAAUGAAAAGCUGAAAUUCUUGAGUCAAGUAUUUCAUCCCUUUGUUAUGGCAAGCCUAAAUAAGUUCAUAAAUUGCAUGGACUCACUCUGUGUGGAACAAUAGUUUAACAUGAUUUUUGAAUGACUACCUCAUCUCUGUACCCCACACAUACAAUAAUCUGUAAGGUCCCUCAGUCGAGCAAUAAAUCAAUACACCCAGUCCCUAUAAAGAUAGUCAUCCUUCCUAAACCGCCCAGGCUUAAAGAAGUGACUUUAAAAUAGUUACAGAAUUUAAUUGCUACGAUAGGAGAAAACUGAGGAUG